AUGGCUGCUGGUACUCAUGACGAUAGCGAUCCUGAAAAGGGUACGGCGAAAGCCUCCGCUCAAACCAAGGGCGAUCAUGGCCUAGGUAUUGCUGCAAAGCGUCGAAUCCGAUAUUUUGAUGACCAAGAUGAGAUCCAGCCGGUCGAUCCUUUUCCUGCAAACAAUCAUGGCAAACUCAAAAGAAAGGGCUCAGCCUACUCUAUCCACUCUCUGUCCAGUAUCCGGAGUGGCCAACGGGUGGUUGAUCCUGCCUCUGCCCUCCCUGUCUUGUACCGAACUAUGAGUAUGGAUCUGGCACGGACGCAGGAGAAAUCGAGUGUGACCAUCAAAAAGACGGAAAUUGGAGACAAGGCUAUGGCAGAGCUCGGAGAACUCGAAUGGCACACUAUAUCUAUCCAAGAAGUUACCGAUCGACUGGACACAUCCGUCGAAUCUGGUCUCUCAACUCAGGGAGUCAAAGAUAAAACGGCAGAAUUCGGUGCCAACACUCCAACCCCGCCGAAGUCACAAUUGUUUCAGAAAAUAUUCUUCUAUCUCUUUGGAGGCUUCGGCUCCAUCCUCUUUGGCGGAAGCAUUCUUGUCUUUGUCUCAUGGAGACCACUUGGCGAACCAGCCCCUGCAGUGGCCAACUUAGCCUUGGGUAUUGUCCUAGCUAUUGUGUGGUUAGCGCAAGCUGCUUUCAAUGCCUGGCAAGAUUUCUCCUCCUCGAGAGUCAUGAAAAGUAUUACGGGCAUGCUUCCUGAAGACUGCAGUGUUCUUCGUGAUGGGAGCAAGAGAUUGGUUCCAGCAUCUGAAGUGGUUCCUGGAGACCUUCUCUUUUUUAGUGCCGGCAAUAAGUUGCCUGCUGAUAUUCGAUUCGUCAGUGUGUCCACUGAUGCCAAGUUUGACAGAAGCAUCCUCACGGGUGAAUCUGAUCCACUGUCCGCAGUAACUGAAUCCAUGGAGAGCAACUACCUCGAAACUAAAUGCAUCGGAAUGCAGGGUACUCAUUGUACAUCUGGAAGUGGCCUGGGUAUCGUCGUCGCUACUGGCGAUAACACAGUUUUCGGCCAUAUCGCGAAGCUGACAAACAAGCCCAAGUCUGGUCAAACUCCACUUCAAAAGGAGAUUUUCAGAUUUGUCCUCAUUAUCGCAACCUUGAUGAUACUCAUGGUUGUAGUCAUUGUUGCUUUGUGGGCUGGCUUUAUUCGUCACAAGUAUCCCGACUACAUCUCAGUAUCGACAUUAAUCGUGGAUUGUGUCAGUGUGGCCAUUGCCUUUAUUCCUGAAGGUCUGCCAAUAGCUUUAACAGCUUCACUCACUAUCACUGCGGGAAUUAUGAAGAAGAAUAAUAUCCUCUGCAAAUCGCUCAAGACAGUUGAGACCCUUGGCACUGUUUCAGUGUUACUAUCGGAUAAAACAGGAACUCUGACCAAGAAUCAAAUGGCUGUAACAGACUGCCUCAUUAGCUCCAGCGCCUUGACUGCCACAGAGGCUAUUGAAGAGAUAGCAGAGGAAUCCACUUCACGCAAAAAGGCUGCCCUUACGCAGCUCCGUGUCACUGCUGCAGUGUGCAAUGCUGGAGAGUUUGACCCCACAACCAUCCAUCUUCCCAUCGCUGAUAGGAAGAUCAUCGCCGAUGCGACAGAUCAAGCUAUUCUUCGCUUAUCGGAAUCGCUGGGCCCCGUCAAUAAGUCUCGCGACUUAUGGAUUAAACGAUUUGAUCUCGCAUUCAACUCAAAGAAUAAGUUCUCCUUACGCGUCAGCUCUCCCAGCGUCCCCUCUUCCCUGGAAUCCACACUUUCUGCUUCCGAAAUCAGUGGCUUUGAUUCUCAAAAGGAUUACAUUUUGAUGAUUAAAGGUGCACCGGAUAUUCUACUGUCUCGAUGCACAAGGUAUGUUGGCGAAGACGGCGAGGUGCACAAUUUCGACGAAACUACCCGCAUGUCUAUUGAGGCAAUCAAAAACUCAUGGUCGAGCCAAGGUAAACGUGUUUUGGCUCUUGCGCGCAAGACUCUUCUUGGUACCGCAAUACAAUCGAAUCCAGAAGACAAUUCGUUCGAAAAAGAAGCUCUCGAACUUGCGCGUACAGGCCUCACGCUGAUCGGACUCGUGGGCAUCGUGGACCCCCCACGAGAAGAAGUUCCUGGUGUAAUUGAGACUUUGCACCGGGCUGGUAUUCGCACUGCCAUGGUUACGGGAGAUUUUCAACUCACGGCUCAAGCCAUUGCUCGCUCUUGUGGAAUUAUCAGCGUUUCGGACCACGAAACCAAGGCGAUUGUCCUCACAGGCCAAGACUUAAUGACGCUGCUUCCACACCAAUGGCACACUUUGGUCACAGAGUAUUCGGAGAUUUCGCAUUCAUACGUCGUGGCCAUGAUCGGAGAUGGAGUGAAUGACGCUCCAAGUUUAAAACAAGCAGACAUUGGUAUAUCACCUGCAUCUGGCUCCGACAUCGCCAUUGAGGCCGCGGACAUGGUCUUGUUGGACACAUUUUCCGCUAUUCCCGAAGCCGUGCUCUAUGGUCGUGUAGUAUUUGACAAUCUCAAGAAAACGAUUGCAUACUUACUACCGGCUGGCUCCUGGUCCGAAUUUUGGCCAGUCUUCACAAAUGUUGCUUUUGGCUUGCCCCAAAUCUUGUCAUCAUUUCUCAUGAUCAUUAUCUGCUGCUUCACAGACUGUGCUACUGCAAUUUCUUUGGCUUAUGAAAAGCCAGAGGCAAAUCUCAUGCUUCAGCCUCCUCGGGACGUUGUCAAUGAUCGCCUCGUCGACUGGAAGCUUCUCCUUCAAGCUUACGGUUUUGUUGGUACAUUGGAGACGGUCCUCUCAUUCACAAUGUCCUACUGGUACCUCCAGCGAAAUGGGUUGACUUUCACCUCGUUGUGGUUCUCAUUUGGCUCAAUUCCAACUCCCGACGGACAAACCGCUGACGAUGUCGCCACGCACUUGACAGUCGCAUCUUCUGUCUACUUCAUCACCUUGGUGGUAAUACAGUGGUUCAAUGCAAUGGCACUGCGUACGCGCCACCUCUCCAUCUUUACACAUCCACCACUCUUUAAUCCUGCGACUCAAAACUGGCUCCUUUUCCCUGCUAUCUUGUUUUCCCUUACUAUCGCUUUAAUAUUCACAUUGGUUCCUGACAUUACUUAUCUUGGCUGUGCCCCAGUUCCAGUUGAGCACUGGUUUAUUCCUAUGACUCUGGGUCUUGGCUUAUUGUGCAUUGAUGAGCUAAGAAAAAUGAUCAAGAGAAGGUACCCCGGGGGAUUCAUCGGGAGAAUGGCUUGGUAG